UCGGCCAACUUCAUCCCACUUCUCGAUAGAUAUAUAUAUAUCUAGGCUACAUUUCGCACAUACAAUGCCCAAACAAAUGCUUUGGUCUCCGAUCUCUAAUUCUUCUUUGAUUACUCUCGAUUGCUUGCAAAAUGCAUGUGAAAUAUUUCAUUCAAUGGUUCUUUGCCACCGCUGCGCCAGCAAGUGCCCAAUUCACAGAAGGAACAUAUACUGCUGUGGUUGGAGGCUUAUCUACCAACUCGUCUUUACUUGGUAAUUAUUAUAACUAUUGGGUUCAAACAGCCUCUGGCCUGUGGGAUCUCACGAGAUCGGCUCGAGAGCCGGCUCCUACCACAUACACGAUCCCUUGUAGCGGCAGCAGAAGUACAAUUACCGUAGAAGCGUCUCGUUCGGCAUUGGUUAUCAUCGACAUGCAGAAUUUCUUUCUGCAUCCUGGUCUGAGUCCAAAAGCCACAGCUGGAAGAGGUGUUGUCAAUGCGACUGUCAACAUGAUCCAAGGGUUUCGGAAGGCGGGUAUGAAAGUGUUGUGGACGAAUUGGGGCCUUGACAAUUAUGACCUCUUGACCAUUCCACCUGCUUUCCUCGACGGCUUUUCCAAUAACCACUCUUCGACAACAACGUUCGGUACUGAUAUGGGCAUUGUUCCUGGGACAAACAUUUCAGCCGGAUUGAAAUUGAUGCGAGGGUCAUGGAAUGCGCGGCCCUAUGGCCCGCUAUAUGAUUUACAAGUCGAAGGAGUGGCAAGUGGAACUGACUUGUACUUCAACAAAAAUCGCCUCUCCGGCUUAUGGGGUGCGCAGACACCGCUUGGGCUCUAUCUACAAGAAAACGAAAUCACAACCCUGUUCUUUGGCGGUGUCAAUGCCGAUCAGUGUGUGUGGGGAACAUUUCUCGAUGCAUAUUACAAGGGCUUUGACGUCGUGUAUGUUGGGGAUAUUUCAGCAACGACAAGUCCAUACUACGCCACUCAGAUGGUCACCUAUAAUGCCAAUCUGGACGGGUUUCUGUCCAACUCGACGAUGGUUUUGCCAGCCCUUAGCUGAUUCAUGGACCGAGCGAGCUUGACGGCAUACGGGUCGUGAAAAGAAUUAUUUGACAAUGGGAUCUCAAAAUUCUAGAUCUCAUUUCAUUAAUGACUGAAGAUAAAUACAAUAUGCUUCACUUGCUACAGUUGACAUGUGGCGAGGUCUGCUCUCCC